UCAGUUUAAUAAUUCUCUCGGCCGCUAAUAGUUUAAUUAAAGAAAAGCAUGUUGCACGGCAAUUCGCGACGUUUAAUGUCGCUGCUGGGGCGACAAGGGCGUCGCCUGGCGUCCGCACAGCCCACCAAUGUGCCGCAGCCCAACGAGGAGGUCAGCCACACGGUCAGAAGGAUUCGCGAGGAGCUAGCCUCCGACAAGCAGCGGCUAAAGUGGCGCACACCGAUUGGAGACAGGCCCGAGGAUUGGGGCAACAGCAAGCUCAAGCUGUUCUCCAACUCCGAGCAGAAUUCAGACUUCAUUGUGAUGAUGCAGCGGCCCAUAGAUCUGUCGCCGAAGAACAUGAAGCAGUGGUGGGCGAAUCGACAGGAGAAGAUCGAGCGGCACAUGCAACAGUUCAUCCCGGAGCGUCACAAGAUCCUGGGCGCAGAGCUAGCUGCGUCACAUUUCAUACUGUAUCGCGGCGGGGCAGCCAGGUUCGUCAACGAUCCGCGCUGGCAUCGGGCCACCGAAGAUGGCGAAUUUAGUUUGCCCAAUAAAUUCCAUCCCGGCUACAAGGUGGAGGCCCUGCGCUGCGACAACAUGGUGCUCUACUACGAGGGAUUGGAGAACUUGCGCUGCCUCGACCAGCUCAAGUUUCUCUCCUUUCACAAUGUGAAAACCUUCGACGACUGGUGCCUGGACAGGGUAUCAGGCGGCGAGUUCCCGCGUCUGGAAGUCCUGGACCUAUCUGGCACUGCAGUAACCACAGAUGGUCUCUCCUGUCUAUACCGUCUGCCGCAGCUAAAGCUUCUAAUCUUAGACGAUCCGAAGCAAACGCUGGAAAUGGAGUUGGCUGCGGCCAUGCUGGAGGUGGCUCUGUCCCCUCUCAAAGUUGUUGGAGCCGAUGCUAUACACCACCAUGGCUAAAUUUGUUAUUAUAUAAUUAAAUUAUAUAC